AUGAAAAUCAUUUCGCUUCUCAUCGUCCGAAGAGAGCCUUUUCCAGCAACGGUACUGGUGCAGGAGCACGAUUUAUCGACAUCGUAUGCAUAUUUUUUGCAGCUAAUUCUCAGGGCUACUCGAGAGCUUUUAUCUUUUUUUGCUACUACAUUGGUGGAGAAAACUACUCCUGGAGUGUACCAAGCAGUCCAGCAAGAUGCGUAUACCGGAUAUGUUCAUGUACAGCCUAACCAAGGACUUGCAGGAGUGGCCAUCACCGAUAAUGAGUAUCCCCAAAAUGUUGCUUUUGAUGUGAUUACCAAAAUGCUUACAACUUUUUCUUCGCGAUUUUCCAAGUUGCAUUGGGCAGGAAUAGACAAAAACGAACUUGGGCCCUUAUCUCUUCCACAGCUACGCGAUAUGCUUCGUUCAUUCCAGGACCCAGCAGAGGCUAAUGACUUGCUUAAAGUUCAAAAAUACCUUGAUGAAACUAGAACCGUUCUCACCACAACCAUUGAAGCGCUUUUGGAACGAGGAGAAAAGCUCGACACCCUUGUUGAAAAGUCAGAGCAAAUUUCCAUCCAAUCAAAGGCUUUUUAUAAAGUUGCAAAAAAAACAAAUUCUUGCUGCUGGAUACAAAUUAUUGUUUACAUGAAGGAUCCACUCUCCUCUCCUUUAGAGUCACCCAAAGUUCCAAUGCCCUCUUUCACAGUUUUGUUACAUUGCAGCAUAAAAAGAGACACUGAAUUGCACCAAUCUACAACUAUUGGGGUAUCUUCAACCGAUUCUCUUCUUUCUAUUAAACAAAACAUAACUAAAAAGAUGCUUUACCCUCUUGAGUCCUAUAUGGUCCAACUCGGCUCUGGGGAAUGCAUAUUAAACAAGGAUAGUAGUGAGGAAUAUCUCUCUUCAAAGACUAUAGGGGAGUUUGUAGAUAUUCCUCUUUCGGCAAUAGGCUCUACCUCUGUGGACACGACGACCCUGAAGCACUUGACUCUUGUUGUUAGUCAUACAAAGUGCGAAAUCAAAACACCUCAAAUAACGGCUCAAAUAACAACACCGCAACAGCAGCCACCUCUUCAUAUUCAUACUGAUGAUAAUUGUUGCACAUCCCAGAGUAACCACGAAGAUGAAGUUGUCUGUAAGCAGGAUUCGCUCCCUCAAGCUGAGAAUGCCAAUGAGACUGUGGAGAACAAUCAAAAUAGAGAUGCAGAUCUCUUGAAAAUGCUGUACAAGAUCAUUACAUUUUUGAUUCUAAUGCGAACGGAAGCUGAGCUAAUUAAUAUCGCUGCUGUUAUGUUUAUUUCUUUCCUAUUAGGCUUGAAUCAUUUCAAAUUGCUAAAUUUUACGCUUAAGGUUCUCCCUGAAGAUGAAACAGAAAAAAAAAAGAAACUAGAAAAAAACCGAAUUUCAUUGUUCAUGGAAGAGGCAAAGAACAUCAUUUACACCUUUGUGCUUUCGGCAUUCCCAACCUUUUCUUUAAUUAAUUCAGAAUAA